CCUAAACAUGGGCCACCAGUUGAUUGAUGACGGCAUCUGCCUGCCCCUGACAUAAAAGUCAACGGCAAAAAGGGAAGCCUGUUCGUUCUGGUCUUCCAUAUGUCAUGUAAACACUGCACGCCGACUCGCCUUCGUACCAAUUACCAGAGCCACCGUCGCAACCAUGGCGGAUAAGGAAGUGACCGUCUUCAUCAUCGACCUGGGCCAGUCCAUGGGCGACUGCAAUGGCGGGCGCGUCGAGCCCGACCUGGAUUGGAGCAUGCGCUAUGUCUGGGACAAGCUCUGCACCAUCGUGGCUGCCUCACGCAAGACGUGGCAGGUCGGCGUCGUGGGCCUGCGCACCGACGACACGAACAAUAUCCACCACAAGGGUCACGAGGACGGCUACGAAAACAUCUCGGUCCUGCAGCCCGUCGGGCCCAUGUCCAUGACCUCGCUCAAGGAGCUGCGCGGGCAGAUUGCACCCAGCAACACCAACUCCGGCGACGCCAUCUCGGCAAUCGUCGUCGCUAUAGAUCUAAUUGACAAUGCGGCCCCCCAGCGACUCAAAUAUAAACGCAAGAUUGUGCUUGUCACCGACGGCCAGGGUCCGAUGGACGAAGACUCGCUGGAGGACAUCUGGGCGCGGAUCAACCAGCUCAACAUCGAGCUUACUGUAGUGGGGGUUGACUUUGACGACGCGGACUAUGGCUCCAAGGAAGAGGAUAAAACGCGGGUCAAGACGACAAACGAGAAACUCCUAAGGACCCUGACUGGCAAUUGCAAGGAUGCCGUUUUCGGUACCAUGGCCGAGGCCGUGGAGGAGCUUCAAAACCCCAGGAUCAAGACCACGAGGCCAUACAAGACUUUCGAUGGCCAGCUGACGCUUGGAGAUCCCAAGGCGUACGGCAGUAGCGCCCUGAGCAUCCGCGUCGAGCGCUACUUCAAGACCAAGGCCGCGCAUGCUGUCUCCGCCAGCACCGUGGUGGUCAAGUCCGAGGAUGCUACCCAGUCGACGCGGACGGUGCGCGGCGAGGAGGACGACAGCGUCCCGGCCGACGGCAUGCUCACCGGGCUCCAGACAGCCAGAAACUACCAGAUCAAGGACGAAAGCGCCCCCGGCGGCAAGCGGGAUGUCAAGUUUGAAGGGUUGGCCAAGGGCUACGAGUACGGGCGGACGGCCGUCCACAUCAGCGAGUCUGAGCACAACAUCACCAAGCUCGAGACGACCAAGGAGUUUACCAUUAUUGGCUUCAUUCCCAAAGAAAAGUUUGAGCCAUUCCUCAGCAUGGGCGAGGCCUGCGUGACCCUUGCAGCAAAGUUCAGCGAGAAGGACGAGGUUGCGCUUUCGGCUCUCAUCAACGCGCUCUACGACACAGAGUCGUAUGCGGUUGCCCGACUGGUGACCAAGGACGGGAAAGACCCGCAGCUAGUGCUCUUGAUGCCCGAAAGCGACGUCGAGUUCGAGUGUCUGUACGAUGUGCCUCUGCCGUUCGCCGAGGAUCUGAGACACUACCAGUUCCCACCCCUGGACAAGGUUGUCACGUUGAGCGGUCAAACAAUGACGACGCAUCGCCUGCUACCAAGCGACGCGCUGGAGCAAGCAAUGAGCGACUACGUCGACGCUAUGGAUCUGUCCUCCUACAACACUGGUGACGACGAUGAACCAUCCGAAUAUGCGCCAAUAGACGAAACAUUCUCGCCCAUGAUCCACCGUGUCAACCAGGCAAUCCGGCAACGCGUAGUCCAUCCUGAUAAGCCGAUACAGCCGGCAACGGGCAUACUGACACGCUACUCGAUGCCGCCAGAAAAGCUUGUCGACGAAGCUGCCGAUCAGAUCAAAGAACUUAUACGAAUCGCCGAUGUCAAGAAAGUCCCGCCCAAAGUCAAAGGUAAACGCCAGCGUGAAACGGUUAAGCCAAUGUCCGGGCUGGAUGUGGACGCCCUGCUGGGCAAAGAAGGGCCCAAGAAGCGGGCAAAAAUCACCGCGGAGAACUCGGUACCCGAGUUCAAGCAGAUGCUGGCGGUGGCGGAUGAAGUGUCCACGAUCGAGGACGCGGCACGGCAGAUGGGUGUCAUCAUACGGGAUCUGAUCCAGAACAGCAUGGGGGACGCCAACUACGACCGAGCGACCGAGAACAUGCGUGUUAUGCGGGACGAGCUCGUGGGACUCGAGGAGCCCGAGCUUUACAACGACUUCGUACGCUCGCUAAAAAAGAUGAUCGCGACGGGCGACCUCUGUGGAGAUAGGCGCGAGAUGUGGUGGUACAUCAAGCUGGGGAAGCUGGGGUUGGUGUCGACGAAGGAGUCAGAGGUCUCUACCGUGACGGAGGAGGAGGCUCUCGAGUUUACGCGGACCGGUGUGUAGGCCAGUUGUUGAAGAGAUGGAUAUCUUCUUGUCUGUUCGCCCUGUGCUACGGCCUUGAUAUCGAGCUUAUGUUCCCGAACAGUGACGUGAAUGUAUAAAUGCGAUGAAAUCAAACGAACAUGACUUGAUGC